AGAUACUUGUGCACAGCCCAUCGAUCACUAUCGUGCCGUAUUGCGGCAAUGCGGCGCUUAGGGCUCCGUACAUCGCUAUAAGUGAAGGAGCGUAGACAACAGAAACAACAGCAUUGUCUGCCCGAAAACAUGCGACUCGAUGCGAUCUGGCCAAUGCUUGUGGUUCAGAUUGAAUCCUGCGCGGCCUCUCAACCGCGACUGACAGGAUCAGGGGCACUGACCUCUGCGGCCUGGACGAAUCAAACGUUUCCAACGACCGUUCGAUGGCCAAACACCACAGCCAUCACCAAGCCGCCAAUCCCCUCCAGCAUCGUCACUACGACAGUCGAAAGGACAACCACCCUUAUGGCAACCGGGAGCACAAUCGGCUCUAUCCCUGAUGACGUAAGAUCAGCACAGUAUUCCUCUACUACUCUUGGUCUGAUCGCCGUGGCUUCGGCAGCUGGUGUCUUGUCUACCGUUGCUGGGAUUUGCUUCAUCGCUCAGUAUUGCUGGCGACAGGCACAUCAGAAGGCAACACAAGCAUGUAGUCGCCAAUCAAGCACACGGCUUCCCAAGGAACGGGCUGGUUCGAUGCGUUCCCAGGGUCUGCAUGCGAUUCCAGAAGAGCCAGGAGGACGGGUGACGGCGCCCAGCGGCACUAUACAAGACGAUGGCUUCGUUGCAAAUACCCUUCGGGAUGGUCGAGGGCUCCGUAUAUUAAUAACGUAAUAUAUCAGAACUUAAUGUCUUGUGGAGAAAUGUUGGACCUAGAACAACGUUUCAAUGUAGAAUCCGGC